AUACGAACUGUUAAUUGUGACGACAGCAAUAACAAUAGGAAACUCCCACCUUCAGCACACGCCUUUACCAAGGAAUGCAUGGCGACGCCUCCCAGUGACGCGUUUAUUGCCAUAUACUCAUGUCUGCCGGUCACGCGAAGCACAGGGGCUCUCGCCUGCAGCUGCAAAGCGGCAGCCGCGGCGUGGCAGGCCUACGCUGCACGGCUGACUCGGGACAUCUCGGGGGGGCAGGAACAGCUGCCAGUGCCCGUCGACCCGCCACCACACACCAGCCGAACUGCGCCCCUGCCCCUGGACACCAGAUACACCCGCGACAGCGUGCAUGGCGCCGCGGCGGUCGGUGACAUUCCCAGCGGCCAAGGUGGAUGCUGUGCUUCCUGCACAUGCUGUCGACAACAACUUGAUGACGCUGUCGACCAGAACAGCCUUGGCAAAUCUUUACUCGGCGAGGGUAAAGCGCACGCAUCUGCGACUGACGCAGCAGCUCCCGCCGCCAAGCGCCCGCGCCGAUGCAACAAUGACGACAGCAGUAGCAGCCGUGGCGCAACCGGCAGGCGUAGUUGCAGUGGCAGUAGCGGCAGUAGCGAGGAGAGCGAUGGAGAGGGGUGGAGCUGCUGCGGGUGUGGCGUGCUCAUGCCGGCGGGUGUCCGCGCCUACCAGCCGAACGGGAGGGGCCUGAAGCCCGAGCUGCUUGCACAGGCGUCCGCUGCUGCCUUCAUCCUGGAAUGUGGCCCCGCAUGCGCAUGUCGCCACCCGGCCCAGCCCGCGCACAGCACCCGCGGCGCCAUCGCCCUUGUGGAUGCAGGGAUUGGGGACGACACGGCGACGCCGCCGGGGUGCGUGCUGGGCUGCGCUGCCCGGCUAACGCAACACGGGCUGGCGGCGCGUGUGCGUCUGUCGUGGGUGCCCGGCAAGGGAUGGGCCGCGUUUGCCGCCGAGCCCCUGCCCGCCGGCGCCUUCGUGUGCCGCUAUGAAGGGGAGCUGCUGCGCAGCGGGGAGGCGGAGCGGCGGCUACGGCACGUGUACGACUGCAGCAGUAGCAGUCGUUAUGGUAGCAGCAGUGGCAGUAGCAGCCGCAGUAGCAGUGGCAGUGGCAGCACGGGCGCUGGCUUCUAUAAGGAGGAGGGAGAGGAGGUGGAGCGGAAGGAGGUGGGGCGUGCGACGGAUGCCUGCGUCAGAGGGCAAGGCGACCGCGGCGGCGGCGGCGCGGGCCGGCAACGACCGCGGAUAGGAGGCGACGGCGGCACGAGAGAAGGUGGCGACAGCGCCGAUGGCGCCGGUGCGGGCGAAGGCCAUGCGUUGCUGGUUGUGCGCGAGGUGCUGCCCAGCGGACUGGCCCUGCGGCUCAACAUUGAUGCCACGCGCCUCGGCAAUGUGGCCCGCUUCUUCAACCACAGCUGCGACGGCGGCUGCCUGCUGCCUGUGGUGGUGCGGCGGCGCGGCAGCCUGGUGCCUGGUGUGGGCUUGUUCGCGCGGCGCGACAUAAGCGUGGGCGAGGAGCUCACAUUCCCUUACGGUGCGCCCAACGCGGGGCCAGGCAGGUCAAUACCGCUUGAGGAGCAGCGCCGGGCCACGCCGGUGGCGGAUGCAGGUGUUGGUGCUUUUGUUGGAGGAGGUCAUGGGGAGGAUGUGAACCCUGGAAAGUCACGGGAUGAGGCGUCACGGGCGGAGCGCCAGGCGCGAAAGCUACAGGCAGGGCCGGGGCCGGUGCAGGGCGCCACGGGGGUGGGGAGCACAGGCGUGGAAAGGUCGCCAGCCAAGCGCGCCCCAACACCACGGCGCUGCCUGUGUGGCACGAGUGCGUGCCUGGGUUUCAUGCCAGCGGACCCAGCAUAGGCGAUGCAGUGGAGUUGUUAAGAGGUGUUGUUUAUCUCACAUUUGCGGUGCUGAGGGGUGGUUUGAUAUUGUUAACAAGUCCGCCAGAAGAUGAUAAGUAUAAAGUAUUGCUGUUGCGGCCGUCGUGCAAGGGCAGGCGCGGCUGCAGGACGUCA